AUGACCGCUAGUUCUGCUCCCCUGCAACACGGCGCCGUGCUCGUCGUCUGCGGCGCCGCGGCAUCAGGCAAAAGCUCUGUUGCACAGGCGUUGGCUGAUGAGUAUGGGUUUCAGUAUAUCGAAGGUGACAAUCACCAUCCCCAAAGCUCCAUCGACAAGAUGUCCAGCGGCAUCCCGCUUUCAGACGACGACAGGUGGGACUGGCUGGCCAGGCUCCGAGAGCUUGCAAAGAAGGACCUGUUGGCAGGCCACCGUGGCGUCGUCAUUUCCUGCAGCGCGUUGAAACAGGCAUACCGAGAUGUCAUUAGGGUCAUAUCCGACGACCGAGCAGGCGUCCUGCUACGCUUCGUUUACCUCAAGGUCAGUCCCGAGGUUCUCCUGGCUAGGAUCAAGGCAAGAAGCGGACAUUUUAUGAAGGAUUCUAUGCUCAAGAGCCAGCUGGAAAGUCUGCAGGAGCCACUCGUGGCUGAGACAGACGUCAUUACUGUCGAUGCUGAUGCUGGACUUUCUGACGUCACCAAAUCUGUCAUUUCCAGCGUCCGGGUCUCUGUCAAUGUCCCGUUUCAUUUAUUAUCCUCGCCCAGCGGCUAUUGGCAGGCAUGCUUAGGUGGGGAGCCCGGCGCGGGGAUGCACCCGUUUGCGUCUUCACCGCACGACGCCUGGGCCGUCGCUCUCCUCAGCUCUUCCACCAAGCAAAACAGGUCAUUGACUGCUCGUGUUGCAACCAUGGCGACCCUGACUCUCAACAACGUCGACAACCGCGUCCAGGGCCGACUGGCCCUCGUCACAGGUGCCAGUGGCGGUAUAGGUUCAGGCUGCGCCAAGGGUUUGGCGGCAGACGGCUGCGACGUCGCCCUGCAUUAUUCGUCAAGCAAGGGCAAGGCGGAUGCGUUGGCGUCGGAGCUGCAGGCGCAGUACCCAACCCAGCUGUUCGUCACCAUCUCCGCGGACCUGACGUCGCGCGAGGCCACGCGGGCGCUCGUCGCCAACGUGCUGGCGCUUCCGGCUGUCGCGCAGCGCGGGCACGCGGCCGUGUCGAUCCUGGUGGCCAACGCGGGCCUCGGACGGCGCAUCCGCGACGUCGCCGACAUUGGCGAGGAUGACUGGGAUGAGCUGAUGGAGGUCAACGCGCGCAGCCAGUUCGUCGUCACCAAGACGGCGCUGCAGGGCAUGCGCGCGCAGGGAUGGGGGCGAGUCGUGCUGGUCGGCAGCAUCGCGAGCCACGGCGGCGGCAUCAACGGCUGCCACUACGCGGCGUCCAAGGGCGCGCUCUGCUCCAUGGGCAAAAACCUGGCGACGGUUCUGGCGCCCGAAGGCAUCACCGUCAACAUUGUGUCACCGGCCAUGAUUGGCGCGACGGGCAUGAUUCCGGACCCAAAGUCGCGGACUUGGAUCAAGGGUACAGAUAUCGAUGUGCUGAAGGAACAGGACCCUGGUCUGGGCAUCGCGGCAAGCGUGCCGAUUCACCGCCUGGGCCUUCCGGAAGAAGUGGCCAGCGUUGUUUCCAUAGAUUCUACUGGCUCGCCCGGGACGCCGCCGUGCCAGCGAUGCAUAGAGGAGAAGCGCGAAUGCGUACUCGCCACCUCGAAGCGUGGCGGUCGCCGCGUCCGCAAGAAGAAGCCCUUUGAGGAAUCGGGCGCGGGCGCGGUCACCGGCCCGAGCGGUAAUCCCAUGGCAGUCGGGUCCCUGCAGACACCGGUACGCCAGACGGCGCCGCGCGACGGCAUGGACGCGUGGCCUCAUGGUGCCGCUGCUGUCGCCGGACCGCAACCACAGCAGGAUCCGUCCUGGACGGGCGACGGCUCCGCGUCGCGCACCGACGCCUCGCAGUCGGCGUCGCGCCGGAGCUCUGUCGCCCUCGAUGGCCAUCUCGCCGCCGCAGACCUACUGAACCCCUCGGACGCGCUAGACCUACUCGCCCAGGUCGCCGACCUGGACCCCGGAAGCCAGGACAAGGACGCCAUGCCGGUGCGCGCAGCCAACGCGAGGCAGACGCCCCGCGACACCAAUCUUCGAUACCCGCCCAUAUCAGACGGCGCGCUAGGUUUUGCCGACGCCGCUGCCUUGAUACAACACUACCACGAAAAUUUUCACCCUUUCUUCCCCAUCGUCUACAAGUCCAUCUUUGACGGCCACAUCUCGGAUUGGAUCGAGAAGGAGCCGUAUGUCCUCACGGCAGUCCUCACCGUCGCGUCAAAGGAGGAGCCUUCAUGGCAGAGAGCUCACGAGGCCUGCUCGCGGCACAUGGAGAGCCUCCUGUCGCCCCUCAUCUACGGCGGGGUCACCACGGUCGGGGCCGUCGAGGCGCUGCUCAUCCUAGCCGAGUGGGCGCCCCAGCCACCUCAUGAGAUAUCAUCUAUCGGUUGCGGAAAAGAAGACUACGGUGCCUGGAUGCUAGUCGGUGUCGCCAUCAGGCUUGGCUACCUGCAGAGACUGGAACAGACGGGACUGCAGGAGCCUCCAGAGACCCCCUCGGAAAGCUUUAGUCGCAAGAAGAUUGCCUGGGCUGCUUGCUACAUGAGUGAUCGCCAAGUCUCUAUUCGUCUAGGCAAGGGCUUUUGGUCUCGAGGACCGGGCCCGGCAUCAAAUCUGCGCGCUGUCGACUUUCCAUCCCUGCAUACACAGCAGCUGGGACCUGACAACAUGGGACUGCUACUUCAGGCGCAGCUUGAACUGACCCAACUAUUCAGCAACGCUCAUGAUAUUUUAUACUCUUCGACCAGCCAUCGCGAGCAGCUAUAUGUUGGCGGUGAAUAUGUUCGAUACAUUGACGAUUUUGCCGCAGUUUUAAGAAAGUGGAAAAUGACGUGGGGGAGCUAUAGCUUCACACCACAUGUGAAGGCUUCUUUGAUCCUGUCGUAUGACUUUUUGCGUUUAUAUAUCAACGCAUUUGCAUUCCAGGCCACUAUGAACAGGGCUGCGGCAAAGACACGAAAAAAUAAGGGUCAUGUCACAGGCCCGCUGUUUGCAGACCUUGCCGCAGCGCCGGACGCGCGCUUCAUUUACGAGUCCAUCGACGCUGCAAAUUCCCUUCUCAGUAUCCUGAACAGCUUUAUCGAUCCGAUUGCAGGUUUGAAGUAUAUGCCGCUCAAGUAUUCGCUCUUUGUCAUUUACGCUGCUGUUUUCCUCUUCAAGAAGCAGGCUUGGAGCGCUGGCGCCAUUAGCAACGAAGGCAUCACGGGCGUAAGGCGCGCCAUUCUCGGCACCAUUUCGCAGCUGCAAAAAACAUCCAGCAGCACACAGAGCAUUGGACACCGAUACGCGAGGUCCUUGCGCCUGCUAUGGAGGAAGCGGCCGAGCCGGAGGGGCGUAAAGCAAGACAACAACCAGCCGGCUCAGCCGGCUGCGAACAUUCCUCUCGAGCAGUCGAUUCCCGGGCCUCAGGGUGGCUUCGACAGUGGCCUGCAGGGAAGCAUUGAACUGGAUGCGUUGAAUGGAUUCUCAUGGCGAGACCUGGACUCUCUCGGGCAGUACAUCUCCAACGAUGCAUCCAUCGCAAAUGAUGGCGUGUUAACCACGCCGGAAUUUGAUUCGGAGCACAGUGCGAAUCCUGUGGAGGGGUUGCCUGUUGACUUUGCGUAUCAAAACAUGUGGAGUGGUGCUUUUUUUUCUAACGCAACGCCCGUUCCGGAUUGGCAACGGUGUGGUGUGCAGGAACAAAGUCGCCAUGGCUUCCGCGGCAGCAAGCAAUUGGACGCAGUCGCUGCGGGUGGCGACGAGGGCGACGCCGUCGGCGACAUCGCCGGCGUGGUUGACGUUGCUGGCCAGGAUUUGCAGGCCGGGAGCUGGUGCUGGUUGCUCAGCUCCGGCUCAGCGGCUGCCACCGGCAUCAGCACGCUUCCUCCACUGUGGGCGCCGCGCAGUUGGGGGACAUCAGUCUCCGGUGUCGUCCAUGGUGGCGUCAAGGAGGACCCGACGAAGAAUCGCGAGCUUCUUCCCGCCAAUGUCGUUCCCACGCACUACGAUCUGACCCUCGAGCCCGACUUGAUCAACUUCAAAUAUGACGGCACUGUGAUUGUCGACCUCGACGUCGCCGAGGACUCGAGCUCCAUCUCCCUCCACACCCUCGAGAUUACCAUCCACUCCAGCAAGAUUACCUCCAAUGGCGAGCUUGUCAGUGACAAUGCCAGCGUCACCACCGACGAGAAGAAGCAAGUCACCAAGUUCGACUUCCCGGGCACCCUCGCCAAGGGCUCCAAGGCUCAGCUCGAGAUCAAGUUCACCGGCAUUCUCAACGACAAGAUGGCUGGUUUCUACCGCUCGACAUACAAGAACAAGGAUGGCUCAGAAGGUGUGCUCGCUGUCUCCCAGAUGGAGCCUACCGAUGCCCGCAGAGCCUUUCCCUGUUUUGACGAGCCCUCCCUCAAGGCCAAGUUCACCGUCCACAUCGUUGCUGAGAAGCACUUGACCUGUCUCAGCAACAUGGACGUCAAGAAUGAGACCGAGGUUGGCGCCAAGAAGACUGUCCACUUCAACACUUCUCCCCUCAUGUCCACCUAUCUCCUCGCCUUUGUCGUCGGCGAGCUCAACUACAUUGAGACCACUGCUCACCGCGUGCCCAUCCGUGUCUACGCCCCUCCCAGUGAGGACAUUGAGCACGGCCGUUUCUCCCUGGACCUCGCCGCCAAGACUCUUCCUUUCUACGAGAAGACAUUUGGCAUUGACUUCCCCCUCCCCAAGAUGGACCAGGUUGCCAUUCCUGACUUCUCUGCUGGCGCCAUGGAGAACUGGGGCCUUGUUACCUACCGUGUCGUUGACCUCUUGCUCGACGAGAAGGAGACUAGCAUCAACACCAAGAUCCGUGUUGCCGAGGUUGUGCAGCACGAACUUGCGCAUCAGUGGUUCGGCAACCUCGUCACCAUGGACUGGUGGGAUGGCCUCUGGCUCAACGAGGGCUUCGCUACCUGGGUCUCCUGGUACUCUUCCAACAGCUUCUUCCCUGAGUGGAAGGUCUGGGAAGAGUACGUUGUCGAUAACUUGCAGUCGGCUCUGGGGCUCGACUCUCUUCGCAGCAGUCACCCCAUCGAGGUUCCUGUCAAGUGUGCUGAGGAGAUUGCACAAAUCUUUGACUCCAUUUCCUACUCCAAGGGUUCUGCAGUCUUACGCAUGAUUUCCACUUACCUCGGCGAGGAAAACUUCCUCGAAGGUGUUCGCCAGUAUCUGAAGAAGCACGCCUAUGGCAACACUGAGACCGGUGACCUCUGGGCUUCCCUCGCUGCUGCCAGCGGAAAGCCUGUUUCCGAGGUCAUGGGUGUCUGGACCAAGGAGAUGGGCUUCCCUGUCGUCACCGUGACCGAGAACGGCUCAACCGCUGAGGUGACUCAGAACCGAUUCCUUCGGACUGGCGAUGUCAAGGCUGAAGAGGACAAAGUACUCUACCCUGUUUUCCUUGGCCUACGUACCAAGGAUGGUGUUGAGAAUUCCGCGACGCUGAAUGAUAGAACAACCAAGUUCAACAUUCCUGCUGAUGAUUUCUUUAAGCUCAACGCUAACCAUACUAGCUUAUACCGCACGGCUUACUCACCUGAGCGACUGCGCAAGCUCGGAGAAGCUGCCAAGGCCGGUCUUCUCACCGUGGAGGAUCGGGCUGGCAUGAUCGCUGAUGCCGCCUCGCUGGCUGUUGCUGGUAGCCAAAAGACGAGCGGCAUCCUAAACCUACUCAAGGGCUUUGACUCUGAGACUGAGUAUGUUGUGUGGAGCGAGAUCCUCCGCCGCCUAUCUGGAAUUGAGGCUGCUUGGAUCUUUGAGGACAAGGCUAUCAGGGAUGGUCUGAGAAAGUUCCGCAGAGAGCUUGUCAGCCCCAAGGCUCAUUCCCUAGGCUGGGAGUUUAAGGAAACCGAUACCCACAACGAGGAGCAGUUCAAGACUUUGAUGUUUGCUUCUGCUGGAGGCAGCGGCGAUGAAAAGAUUAUUCAAGCCGCCAAGGAUAUGUUCGCCAAGUACGCCACUGGUGACAAGUCAGCCAUCCACCCUAACCUCCGUGCCUCUGUCUUUACCUUGGCCCUUAAGCACGGUGGCUCCAAGGAAUUUGACCAAAUCAUCGAUAUCUACCGCGCUUCGACGAUUACCAGCGAGCGCAACACUAUCUUGAGAUGCCUUGGGCGUGCCGAGGACCCUGAGCUCAUUAAGCGUAGCUUGGGCAUGGUCUUUGGCCCUGAUAUCAAGAACCAGGACUGCACGUCCGCUCUUGGUGGCUUCCGCGCCUACCCCCACGGUAUCGAGGCCGUUUUUGAGUACAUGACCGGCAACUGGGACCUCAUCGUCAAGAAUGUUGGCGACAACGCAUCGCUUAUUGGCGGCGUCGUUGCUGUUGCCGCUGGCGGCGCUACCAAGGCCGAGCAGCUGAGCAAGAUUGAGGCCUUCUUUGCAGACAAGAACACAAGCGCCUUUGAUCAGACUCUCAACCAAGUCAAGGAUUCUAUCCGCGCCAGAAUCGCGUGGCUAGAGCGAGAUGGCGCCGAUGUUGAAGCCUGGGUCAAGGACAAUGGCUACCUUUCUUGA